CAGAAGAAUGACGACGAACCGCGGCAGCGGCAUCUGCUGUCUCUGGCCUGGCCAUUGAUUGCGAGAUCCAUCUCCAGACAGCUCUCAGCUUCGAACAUUCCACAACAUCACGACUACCAAUCUCACACUUUGCUACUUACCUUCGUAGCAACAACCACAACUUCUCAUGUCAAGCACCAAACCCGCCAUCCCACCAACCCAAGCAACACAAUCCCAAAAGAUGUCUCUCUCCACCAUCGCCCUCAUCUUCGGUCUCCUCACCGCCGGCGGUGGAAUCACCGGCUACGUUCGCACAGGCUCCAUUCCCUCAGUCGCAGCCGGCUGCACUGUAGGCGCACUCUACCUCUUCGGCGGCUACAGACUCCAGAACCGUCAAGCAUACGGCAUUGAGAGCGCAUUGUUGGCUAGCAUCGUCUUGGCUGGCUCUUCAAUUCCUCGCGCGAUCAAGGGAGGUUUCAAGCCGCUGCCGACAGGACUCUCGGUUAUCGCGACAGUUGGUAUGUUGGCAUUUGGAAAUGGAUAUGCGAACAAGAGCAAGACGCUGUAAGCAGGUCAGGUCGAGGGAAGAGAAAGAGGAGGAAUGAGUGUAUGAAAGCAAGAAAUCGACACAGAAUCUUUGGAGGAUUGUCAAUCUUCAUCAGAUCAAUAUCUUGAA